UAUUAUAUAUAAGUUGUAGCAGGAAAAGGAACAGAAGAAAAUAAAAUAAGCAGCUCAUCAUAGAUUAAAUCCCACAUUUUAAAUACAAUGACAAGUUUAACUGUACCUGCCAGAAAACAACGAUUCAGGGGUGAUCGUCAUUUGUUCUCAAGUUCUGAUGACACGACAAUGUUAAACCAACUUCGAGCCACACAUGCCCCUGAUGGCCGUGACAUUGAUGUGAGACCUCUAUUCCAUAUUAUUGAGGACAUCUUUCACCGUGCUGCACCCACCAUCCCUGGCUCGAAUCAGGGAGCUGAACCACACUUGGAUGCUCUGGAUGACAAGACGCUUCAGGCUGGCUAUGGAGACUUGAUAGAACUAUUGGCGUACACCAUAAACAAAAUCUCCAACGAGAUAACUUGCAAGUGCACUAGUAGUGAAGAUGCACAUGCAACGACUAUGUCAAUAUUCAACAUGGUCUCCAGCUACUCAUGGGAUGCAAAAGUUGUGCUUGCUCUGGCAGCCUUUGCUGUCUAUUACGGUGAUUUCUGGUUGAUUGCUCAACUGUACACAGUAAACUCACUGGCCAAGUCUGUUGCAAUCCUUAAGCAACUUCCUGAGAUAAUGGAUCACUCUGAUUCCCACAAACCCAGGUUCAAAGCCAUUGCCAAUCUAAUCAAGGCAAUGGUAAAUGUUACCAAGUGUAUGGUGGAUUUCAAGGAGCUCCCACCUCAGUACAUAUCAGCAGAUACAGACAUAUAUAAAAGUGUCGAUGCUUUGAUUCCUACAGCUGCUUACUGGAUCGUCCGGAGUAUCAUGACCUGUGCAUCUCAAAUUGCAGGUUUAAUAAGCAUGAGUUAUGAGUAUGCAUCGUCCACAACGGAGCCGUGGGAACUAUCAAGCUUGGCUCAUAAGGUCAGCAACAUAUAUGAACAUCUACGGAAGCAGCUAGAUCUCUGUUACCAACACAUUGAUGAAAAGAAACAUAUGGAAGCAUACCAGAUGCUCGUGCGGACAUUUGAGACACCUCAACUUGACAACAUGAAAAUUCUUAAGAUUCUGAUCUAUGCUAAGGAAGAUCAGCUGCCCCUAUUCGAUGGUUCUGCAAAAAAGAGGGUUAGUAUAGAUGUGAUGAGAAGAAGAAAUGUUCUACUACUAAUUUCAGACCUCGACAUUUCACAUGAAGAGCUUUCAAUUCUUGAUCAAAUGUACCAAGAAUCAAGGCAACAAGCAUCAAGGAUGGAAAGCCAAUACGAAGUCGUGUGGCUCCCGGUAAUCGACAGAUCUACCCCUUGGACAGAACAAAAACAAAAACAAUUUGAGGCUCUACAAUCAAUGAUGCUCUGGCAUACAGUGUAUCACCCUUCAUUGCUUGAGCCAGCAGUUAUUAGAUACAUAAAGGAGGUGUGGCAUUUCAACAAGAAGCCCAUGCUCGUUGUCCUAGACCCACAAGGUAGAGUCACAAACCCCAACGCUCUACACAUGAUGUGGAUUUGGGGGAGUCUGGCAUUCCCUUUCACCAGUGCAAGGGAAGAAGCUCUUUGGAGAGAAGAGACCUGGCGGCUUGACUUGUUAGUAGACGCCGUUGAACCAAUGAUCUUCCAAUGGAUGCAAGAAGGAAAAUAUAUUUGCUUGUACGGAGGAGAGGACAUGGACUGGAUACAGAAAUUUACCGCAGAACUGCAUGCUACUGCACAAGCAGCUGGCAUCCCACUCGAGAUGUUAUACGUUGGUAAAAGCAACCUCAAGGAAAAGAUUCGAAAGAUUAACAAUGCCAUUGUUGAUCAGGGCUGGAGCCAUGUACUACCUGAUGUAACUCUAGUAUGGUACUUCUGGGUGCGACUGGAAAGCAUGUGGCACUCCAAGAUGCAGCACAGGAUGACUGUAGAGAAUGACCGAAUAAUGCAGGAGAUAGUGACGAUGAUGAGCUUUGAUGCAAGUGAUCAAGGGUGGGCUUUGAUCAGCAGGGGGUCAACAGAGAUGACUAAAGCCAAGGGUGACACCCUCUUGACAUGCUUGAUGAAUUUUAGUGAAUGGAAGGAAGAUGUGCCACUAAAAGGAUUUGUGCAAGCAAUAACUGACUAUUUGCAAAAGCUCCAAACACCACACCACUGCAACCGUCUCAUACUACCAGGCACAACUGGAAGCAUUCCUGAGAAGGUUGUUUGCGCAGAAUGUGGUCGUACCAUGGAUAAGUUUAUCAUGUAUCGCUGCUGCAAUGAUUAGGAAAACUCACGUAAAGUUCUUCUGUCAUUAGAAGCCUAGAAUAAAAAGAAUGAACUUGAUUGCUAUUUAUGAUUUCCAAUUUCGUCAUAGUUUGAUGUUGUAACCUAUUAGUUGUAAGGAAUAAUCAAUGUCUAGACUCUUAGAGUGA